GAAAUAACUGUAUGUUCAUGUUUUAAAGUAAAAACUUUUAAUAAGAAUUUUUGAUUUUCUUAGUCAUUUUUAACUCAUCUUCGAGAUGAAACUUAUCGAAAAAUUAUCUUUAAAAAACUAACUGAAUGUCGAAGAAUUAAACAAAAUGAAAUUAAUAUUUGUCAAGAAGAAAUUCAAGUUAUUGAUGAGAUUCUUGAAUUUAUUAAUCAAUAUCGUAUUAAACAUUCAAAUAAUCAACUGACUUCAGAUGAAAUGCAAAAUCCAGAUACAGAAGAUAUUACUUUAAAUAUGUUUGAUACAAAUAGUGAUUUAACUGUAUUUGAUAAUCCAAUUACCGAUACUACUGAUCAAUAUUGUCUUUCAAUAGAUUCAAGAGAUGAUUUGCCAAUGGACCCAUUAUCAUCUUUAUUUUCUUUAUUUCCAACAAAUCUUUUUUCAGAUGUAUCAACUAUUAAUGAUCCAGUACAAGAUAUUAAAAUAUUUAACAUCAACAAUAGAUCCAAUGAUUGA